AGUGCUAUUAUGAUGGAUGUUUACAUCUCUUCAUUGAGAGCCAAUUAUUUUGCUUUUGUGUGAGGCCCGAGAAUCACUUGUGUUGCCUGCUUGCACAAAGCCUCAUUCACAAAGCCUCAGUUGGAUGCAGCUGAACAAAUUGCUUUUUCUACUCCGGUGAUCCCAGAUUUUCAGUGUGAAUGGAUAUUUCCCCACUUCACAGCCCAAACAUCUGGAGAUGGAAACUUAAGGCAGCAUCCAUGGCUCUGUUUCAUCUUGAUGACAGCUGGAUCAUGCUUUGUGACAACUUCCUUAAUGACAAGAAUUACUGUGACCGGAAGCUUUAGACAUAUUUUUAAGGAGGUGCUGUAUCUCCAUGUGAGAUGUACAUUGAAGCUUUGGGACAAAAUGAGGUGCCUGCGCAAGCGAUCCGCUGUAUCCUUUCUAGGAGUCCUUGUCAUUUGCUUGUUGUUCUUGAACUUAUACAUUGAAGAUAGCUAUGUUCUGAAUGGAGAUAAGCAGUUAAUCAGAGAUACGGCAACACAUCAAUUAAAUUCUGAGCGAUAUGUUCACAGUUUUAAAGAUCUGUCCAACUUCUCAGGAUCAAUAAAUGUUUCCUAUCGCUAUCUGGCUGGCACACCUUUACUAAGAAAAAGAUAUCUUACCAUUGGACUAUCUUCAGUCAAACGGAAAAAAGGGAAUUAUUUGCUGGAGACAAUCAAAUCCAUAUUUGAACAGUCAAGUUAUGAAGAACUGAAAGAAAUUGCUGUGGUCGUACAUCUGGCAGAAUUUGACUCCACCUGGUGUGAUAGCAUGGUUCAAGAUAUUUCACAGAAAUUUGCCCAUCAUGUAAUUGCUGGCAGAUUAAUGGUAAUCCAUACACCAGAGGAAUAUUAUCCAGCUUUGGAUGGACUUAAGAGAAAUUACAAUGAUCCAGAAGACCGGGUGAAAUUUCGCUCCAAGCAAAAUGUUGAUUAUGCAUUCUUGCUUAACUUUUGUGCUAACCUUUCUGAUUAUUAUGUAAUGUUAGAGGAUGAUGUUAGAUGUGCAAAAAACUUCUUGACUGUUAUUAAGAAAGUCAUAACUUCACGAGAGGGAACCUACUGGGUAACUUUAGAAUUUUCCAAGUUGGGUUACAUUGGGAAAUUGUAUCAUUCCCAUGAUCUCCCUCGUUUGGCUCAUUUUUUAUUGAUGUUCUACCAGGAAAUGCCUUGUGAUUGGUUGCUGAUACAUUUCCGUGGACUGUUGGCUCAAAAGGAUGUCAUACGCUUCAAACCAUCCCUUUUUCAGCACAUGGGAUAUUACUCAUCUUACAAAGGAGCUGAAAAUAAAUUAAAAGAUGAUGACUUUGAAGAGGAUUCAUUUGACCUUCCAGAUAACCCUCCUGCCAAUUUGCAUACCAAUAUGAAUGUAUUUGAGAAUUAUGAGGCGAGCAAGGCCUAUAGUAGUGUGGAUGAAUACUUCUGGGCGAAAGCACCCUCUACUGGAGAUUUUUAUGUCGUUGUCUUUGAUAGGCCUCUUAAAAUUAACAAAAUCAAAGUUGUCACUGGUACUGAAGACCGUCAAAAUGAUGUUUUGCAUCAUGGUGCUCUGGAAGUUGGAGAAAAAACUGUUGGGGGCAAAAAGGAAAGGCAAUGUACUACCUUCUUGAGACUAGGAGAAUUUAAAAAUGGAAAUUUGGAAAUCACAGAUGUGGAGCAUAAAGUUCUUUUUGAUAUUAACUGCAUGAGAAUACUUGUUACCAAAAGCCAAAAGGAAUGGUUGAUCAUUAGAAGCAUUAGCAUAUGGAUUUCACAGCUACCAAGUCAAUAAGGAAAAUCAACAGCAGCAGAAUAUACCAUUGCCUAAAUCCAAUGAAAUAGUGCCAUGAAAUGACUUUUUUUUUUCAAUCUUUUUGCUACAGAUACUGGCAAUCUGGGAAAUCACAAAACAAAUAAAAGCAAUCUAGUUUUUACUAGUUCAGUGAGGCAAUAUUCAAGUAUUACUUUGUUGGAAUGUCUGAAUUUUAUAGAACGUGUAGACAAGUUUUGUCCAUCACUCAGACACAGAUCCACUUCUUUGUUGUUUUCUUCUCUUUUCUCCUUUGGGAAGGACUGAUUGUGUUUUUGACAUCGUACAAUUUAUAGAUUUUGUGGGUUCAUGAUCAUCAAUUGUCAAAGGAAUUUAAGUCCUUCAUAUUCAUGUACAAAUUAAAAAUGUGGUGGUGAUUUGUAAUUGUACAGUGGUUGGUGGCUUGUUUUGAGAUAAUUUUGAUAAAGAAGUCCUGUUAAUACAGCUGAUGUUCUCUACUGUGAGCAUUGUAAAAAAGAUAUGUUGAAAUUACAUUUGAAAUUACACAAUUGGUUAUAAAUCUGUACUUAUCCUGUAAACUACA